GCUCCGUUUGCGUUAGUCGCCCCGGGACUUUCUCCUGCCUGGCACGAGGGUGGGGAGGGGGUACCUCUGUGCCUUGCCUCUGCUUCCUACUCUGUGAUGUGAGGCACAGGCAUGCUCAGUAGCCGGUGCCUACCCCUCCUAUCUCAGCAACAGUGCCUACACUACUAGGAGACCGCUUGCAGCAGGAGCAGAGCCGGAAAGCCAUCUUAGCUGGAGAGGGAGGCAGCAGACCCUGGGCCGCUCGGCAGCCGCUCCCCCGCACACAUGUCUGCUCCAGCUCCUACCCAAGGUCCCACCAGUGCUGGGGCUGCAGGGCCACCUUCUACUAGCAAUGUGUCAAGCAACAAACGGCUGCAGCAGACACAAGCCCGGGUGGAUGAAGUGGUAGACAUCAUGAGAAUGAAUGUGGACAAGGUGCUAGAAAGAGACCAGAAGCUAUCAGAGCUUGACAACCGGGCAGAUGCAUUGCAAGCAGGUGCCUCACAGUUUGAAACCAGUGCAGCCAAACUGAAGAGAAAAUACUGGUGGAAAAAUUGCAAGAUGAUGAUCAUCCUUGGUGUAGUAUGUGCAGUCAUUCUCAUUAUAAUUAUAAUUUAUUUCUCCACUUGAAAAAGCGAAGAAGGAAGACUUGGCACAACUUUGUUCAUAUCAACCAAUGAUAUCAGUGUUCCUUUGUUGAACUCCGCUUUUUAAUUCCCGGUGUCUUGGGAUUUUUGCUUGUAAUAACCCAUAAGCAUUCAGUGUGGUGUGUUUUGGAAUCCUGUUGUUUCCACAAGAAACUGUACCAGCUAAAUACUGCCAAGUAGUUCCAUACACUGUCUUAUCACUGUGUCUUAAAAUGUGUACGCACUGACCUUCAGAAACUGUAGUAUAUGAAAAGCAUCCUAAACAUCUCAGAAUCAGAGAAUGCAGCUAUGGGGAAGCUCCUGCUUAAAGGGACACUGUCAGGUGGAUUGGACCCAAACCAAAGGUUGCAGCAAACAUGAUGUAACUUUUUGAGGUAGUAUCUGCUACUCCCAUUGAAGAGAGCAGUACCUACAAGUAUUCACGUAAGACAUCUUAUUUCAACUUAGCCAACCAAACACUGAUUUUUUUUUUGGAGAUUAUUUGUAGUAUCCAAGUCUAAAAACAUUGCCUGCAGAAAAUAAAUAGGACUGGAUUAUCGUCUUUUAUGGAUUUAAAUUUUUCCUUAUUGGGUGUUCUGUACAACCAGGAUGGCCUCAAUAUGAAAGCCAGAAAGAAAACUGUAUGACAGCCAAAAAAGCAUUAGCUAGCACAAUCUUGAAAAAAUCCAGUGAAAUGCAAAAAUACAAGCAUCAUAAAUGACAAGGUACAGACUCUUGCUAAAAACUCAAGGCACUGUUUGUGAGACUUCAUGGGACUCUCUUGAAUGUCAGUCCCCAAUACUUACGGCCCUAACUUAAAGCACAUGAAAAACUAUGGUGAUGUCUGUGGCUUCCCAGCACAACUGUAGGAAGCCACUUCUGCACCAUUUUGCAGAAAUGGUCCCCACUGUGAGGACCGUUCAAAAAUCAGGAAGAGAAAGGUAUGGGUAAAUAGAGGGAACAGCGGAGACAGGCUGAGGAAGGGAAGGGUGCCUCCAGCUUUCCUGGAGAAGAGGAAGGCAGAGAAACACUGUUCCAGUGGUGGUGUUAAUAGGCUUUUUAAAAAUUUAAUUUGUGUGUGUAUAGUUCAGAAACUAUAAUGUCUUCUUUGUAAAGUGCUCAGCUGAGAUAUUUUUCGUACUCAAUUAGUUUAAACUAAUAUUUCAUGUAAUUAAGAGAAAUUAUAUAUUGUGGUUUGGAAGAAAGUUCUUGUAUGCUGUUGUUGUAGGGUUUCUCACAAAUGUUGAAUUCCUUGUUUCAACUUUUUAAACACUGAAUAGUUUCAUCAUAGUUAACCAAACUAAAACUGAAUUAUCAAAUGUUGAGCCAGGAAAUUCUGAAAGGGUCUUUUUAGGAUAGCUCCUUCAGAGUAUCUAAGACAAAUUUGUAGAAUUAAAAGAAUAUUAUUUUUUUCCCACAAUUUAAUUAGAGCAUAGAAAUGGUGAUAAUAGUAGUGUAAAUAUUCCCACUGUGGAGCAUCUCUCUUGACGUGGUCUUAGAUUAAAAAACAGAGACCCAGACCAGUUUGUUGCAGUGGAUCUGUACACAAAUUGUGCUUAAGUAGAAUUUUGCAGAGAGAAUAUGCAAUGAUCAGUUGAAAGGUUACAGUUGCAUUUUUUUCCCUAUAUAUUUAUUACUUCAUAUUCACACGUACUGUUUCAUAUCCUUAAGUAGUAGGUGGCCACAGUCUUAAUGAAACUUAACUUUGAAAGUUACUAAUGUGCUACUGGACUUGCUGGUAUGCCCUGUUCACUUCAGCCCUUCAGCAGAGUGAGUACAUAAACAAUUCUAAAAUCCUCCUGGGCCAGACAGAAAAUGCUGCUGUCAUUAAGGGCCUGACUCCAUGAGGUGCUACAACUGAAUGCUAUGUAUAAUUGAGCCUUCACUGUAAAAGGAAUAAGCUGCCCAACUUCAGCACCAUUUUUAAACUACUAAGAUACUUGGCUAGCUGAUAUGAAAGAGUUACCUCCUGAGACCCUGCCACCCAUACCCAUCUUGAGAAUGGCUUGAUCCUCACAGGGUUUCUCUAUGAGAAUGCUGAAAGGACUCAAGAGAUAAAGAUGGCUUUCACUAGAGAUGGUACAAUCAGUAAGGUUAUAUACAGAUCCUUAAUUGUAGACAGUGCCUUCUCCUAUGAGAGUCUGAACUGACAGCUGAUACGGCUGCAAAUACUUCAAAGAGUGUGAAUCCUGUAGCUACAAGGAUGUAAAGUUUCCGAAUGAAACUGUAAUGAAACUCCUAUAAGGAUGCAAAGCUUACAUCCUCCUAGCUAAUGUAUCUCAAGCAAGUUAAUAACCAAAGUGGGAGCUUCAGGGGACAGUGGAGAAGAGAAACCGCUGGUUGUGGAAUGUGUACUCAUUCUCCCUCAAAACAGUAAUUAAUGAGACUGACUGCUAAAUGUUAGUGCAGAUUUGCAAGGAAGAGUUUAGUCAAGAAACCUAGCCUCUAGUGGGUUGUAAAAUGUUUGUGAAGAGACAGUUUCCUCCUGUGUGCUAAUGACAUAUGCUAAAUUAAUGUGUUUAACUCUUUUAAGCUGUUUCCAUGUAGUGUGCUUGUGAGUGUUCACCAUUUGCUAGUUGUGCUGUGCUGGUUGUUGCAAUCACGAAUAGAAGCCAUGUAACUUUUCUAAUUCAGCCCAGGAAGCAUGAAUAAGUAUGUCCUUCCCUGGUGUACAGAGCCAGCAUUGAACUGCUCCUGCAGAGGGUUAAUUCUUCUGCAAGGAGAAUAUGGUAAUAUAGGACUGUUCGGGGUCAUAGAUUGUGCAACACCAUCACGUAUACGUAGACUGGUACAGAGGACAAUCUAUAUAAACACAGUUGGAAAUCUUAUUUUCGUUGAAGCCAGGAUUGAUUGCUUUCCACUCGCUGCCUCUACAUUUAAAAUGUCCAUGCGUAGUCACAACUGCCUACUUUUAAAUUUCCCAUGAAAAGGUUAGCUCAUUCUUGUUUAGUCAGCAUUGAUUAGGAUUUCAAUUACUGAGUAGAAUUUCAACUACUACUCUUCAUCACUAACUACUGCCUAGGCUUUGGAUGGUAAAAAGGCACAAAAGGGCUUCCUUUUACUCGCUCCCCAGUGAACUCUCAGGGGACUGCAAGGCUGAUUGCUUUCUGACUGCCAUCUUGGGAAUGGAACUGAAGACUGAAUGGUCUUGGAUUCCAAUGGUCAAUGGAACUGAAAAUCCUGGAAGCAAGGAUUUUCAUAGCUUUAGCCAGAGUCAGACAUUGUUUGAGACCUGCAUAUUCUAUCCUUAUAAGAAGCGCUUACUCUUCCUCUGAUUUCUGGGCUACAGCUGUACAGCAAGGAUGCUAGCAUGAUAUGCCAUUCAGAAACAGCGUAGCUGAAACGGAUGAUUAGGAGCUGGUCUGUGCUUGUACCACAGCUGCUGUUUGGCUUGCCAGUGAGCGCACAUCAGCUUCUGAGGUUGGAGAAGUGUUAUUUGCAGCCAUUAUCCACAGGCUAGCAAGGUCCUGCUUGGGCAUUAGACCUUCUUCCUUCUAAUUUAGCUCACCUUGCAAUAAAAUGAAUGUGGCUUUAAACCUAAAAAAGGGUACAUAGAAUUUGCAGGAGCAAGUAGCGUGGAAGCCCAAACGGGGCACUUGACCUGUUUUCACUUGACAUUAUGUAACAGCCCAGUCAAUCCAACAUAGUCCAACAUAAUCCAAUAUUAUUAGAAGGAGGAGGGGAGAAUCUGAUAAAGAUUCUGAUGUAACCUAGGAUCUGUAGGACAAGAAGUGAUUUAGAAAUGUAGUCAGUUUGAUUUUUGAAGCUGGCACUUUAAUUCUAUUGAAACCUGCAUGAGGUUAGCCCCAGGAACAGUUCAGGCUUUUUCUUUUUAAAUAGUGAUCUGCAAUAAGUGACUUAAACACCCACAACGACAGAAGAACAGGAUGGUAUUAACUGUGCAAGGAAUUAAUUAGAGCCGCCACAAUCUGCUAUGUUUUUGUAUGGGUAGCAAGACCUUUCAAAAUUCCUCUGUGUCUCAUUUCUGUCCUCUACUCAUUUCUGCUCAUUUCUGGUCCUCUGACAGGACUUCACAUAACUUUAACUUUAUGAACAGCUGCGCUACUUCUUGUCUGAAUACAAUGAAUUUUAGCUUUUCAGAGCAAGUUCAUGAUUUGACAUCUACAUUAGAGCACACCUGUAAAACGGUGAUGUCUGCUACUCAUAAGUGCAUCUACCAUGGGAGAUUCAAACUUCAGGAACUUUUAGAAGCUCAGAUGUUACUCGGCUUUCUGGCAUGCUUUUACAGAGUGAGCUUUUCUCUAUUCCAUAGGAGGUGAUUGACCCAGUGGGAGUAUGUAUAAUUUAUUAUUUUUUUACGACAGCUCCUUGAUAGCACAUGUUGGUGCUAGACCUUCUCAAAGAAACUAGAGAGCACUUGGGUGUGAUCCAGGAUUUAGAUCUCAACCCUGCUUUUCCUGCCCUUUAAACAGGGAAGAGGACUGAAACAGUAGCCAUAAAAGGCACUGGGCUUGCUCCCAAUGUACACAGUGAGUAUUGGAGAAAGGCCUCAAAGAGACCAAAGUCGCUUUCAUCUGGAUUCAUGUCUUGAUCUGAACUUUAGACCCUUAACAGAGCAUAACCUUUGGGCCCCCUGUGUAGUCAGAAGAGUGAGAUGCUCUUCCAGCCAGUCAUUCCUCUCACCUGACUUAGGUCGCUCUUGCUAGAUGAGACAUGUUU